AUGGAGCCUUUUCAGGAUGCUACAGAAUUAGACUGUUUUAGAAGAAGAUUGGAACAUCAAUCAGCCUUUGCUAACUGCACAGGCAAGAUUUGGUUGUUUGUUAUGGAAGAAUGGGAAGUUCACUUAGUUGAGGAUCAUGCUCAACAUCUGACAAUAAGAGUAGUACAUCAACAGAGAAGGCAGGAGGCUUUAGUCUCAAUGGUGGGAAGUGACUUUAAUGUGGUUUUGUAUGAUGAAGAGAAGUUAGGUGGUUUGUCAGUAUUGUUUCAAAAGACUGAAGACUUUGCAGCUUGCAUAAAUGACUGUCAUUUGUAUGAUCUGGGAUAUAUAGGCAGCACUUUCACAUGGUGGAAUGGCAGAUCAGAUGCAGCUACUAUUUCUAAGAGAUUAGAUAGAAUCUUGAGCAAUCAAAAGAUGAUAGAUCAGGCCCCUCAAAUGAUUGUCACUCACUUGAUCAAAAAAGGCUCAGACCAUUCACCACAUGAGUUGCAGAUAAGGCAAGAAACUGAGAGGAUCAUCAAGCCUUUCAAAUGUCUAAAUUUUUCAGAUUUCUCAGGAAAUCCUUUUCUCAUAUUUCAGCACAAACUGAAGAAGUUGAGGAGAGGACUAAUGGAAAGGAGUAAGGGAACUUAUGGAAACAUUUUCCAGAAGGUUACCACUCUAGAAGAGGUGAUUCUUGCACAUGAAUCUCAGUUUGAGGCUGAUCCAUCAAUGGAGAACAGAGCUCAGUUGCAUAGAGUUCAGGCUGAACUUAGUAAAUACUUACAUUUAGAAGAGGCAUACUUGAGGCAAAAGUCAGGCAUGAAGUGGUUCAAAGAUGGGGAUAGAAAUACAAGAUUCUUCCACUCUUAUGUAAAUGGAAGAAGAAAGAAGCUUAGGUUAACCAAUAUUCAGAAUGGGGAUGGAGAGUGGCUAAAUACUAAUCAACAUGUUCCAACAGUUAUUACUAAGGAACAUAAUCAUGAACUGGUGGAUUUACCUUCUGAGGAGGAGAUCAAAUCAACUUCUUUUGGACUUAGUGGGGAUAGUGCAAGUAGAGCUGAUGGUUUCACUGGCUGUUUUUGCCAACAUUGUUGGAACAUAGUGAAGGAGGACAUUAUCAAUAUGGUAAGAGCCUUAUUUGUUGGAUAUGAACUUCCCAAGUUCAUUACUCAUACAAACCUGGUACUGCUGCCAAAGAACGACAUAGUUGAGACUUUUUUUGAUCUCAGACUAAUCAGCCUGAGUAACUUUAGCAAUAAGAUCAUCUCAAGAGUACUACAUGAAAGGCUGGUUCAAUUUUUGCCACUGUUAAUUUCCAGUAACCAGUCAGGCUUUGUGAAAGGGGGGAGCAUAGUAAAAAAUGUGUUGUUAGCACAAGAAAUAGUCAGAGAUAUUUCUAAAAGAACGAAAACUGCAAACAUGGUAGUUAAACUGGAUAUGAUGAAAGCAUAUGACAGGGUUUCUUGGUUGUUUUUGACUAAGGUUGUUUCAAGUAAUUGGUACUCAGUGCUCAUAAAUGGAAAACCACAUGGUUUCUACACCUCUUCAAGAGGAGUUAAACAAGGAGAUCCACUAUCUCCUAUUUUGUUCAUUAUAUCAGCAGAAGUUCUCUCUAGAAAGAAAGAAUCAGUUAAGCUGAUGAUGAAGAAAAUUCAGCAGUAUGAGAAAGUGUCUGGACAGUUAGUCAAUUUGAUUAAGAGUGCUUUCUAUGUUAAUCAUAAAGUUUAUCAAACUAUGGUCAGAAGAAUAAUGGGAAUUACUAAGAUCAGAAAGGGAUCCUUUCCUUUUACUUGUCUUAGUUGCCCACUAUACUAUGGCAGAAACAAGAUUGCAUAUUAUGAUGACAUAAUAAAGAAAAUUGGCAAAAGAAUACAAUCUUGGCAUGGGAAGAUGUUGUCCUAUGGUGGAAGGGUUGUAUUAAUUUCAAAUGUCCUACAGAGUAUGCCUUUGCAUAUUCUUUCUACUAUGAGCCCACCAAUUGGAGUGAUCAGACAUAUACGCAGGCUUUUGGCUAGAUUUUUUUGGAAUUAUAAAAGUGAUACAAGGUGCAGACACUGGAUCAAAUGGGAGGCUGCUUGUCUACCAAAGGAAGAGGGUGUCCUUGGUUUUAGAUCAGUUUUUGAAAUGUCAAAUUCGUUGUUCUGCAAAUUAGGGUGGAACCUAAGAACAAAGCCUUCUCUAUGGGCUUCAUUCAUGAUCAACAAGUAUUGCAAGAAAUUGCAUCCUUUGAUAGCCAUUACUAGGGGAGGAUCAUGUACAUGGAAGAAGAUGAUUCUUGUCAGAGAUUUAGUUGAGCAUCAAAUUUGGUGGCAGAUAAGACAGGGAGAUGCUAGUUUCGAGUUUGACAACUGGACUUCACUAGGUGCCUUAUAUCAUGUUGUGGAAGAAAAUCAUACAGAAGAGGAGAUUGAAGUGAAACAGUUUAGUAGUGGAGGAGAAUGGGAUUUGAUUUCUUUGAGAGAAUAG